AUGUGUCGGAUCUUCAGCGCCUGGCUGGUCCUGACGUUCCUCAGCAUCGCUGGAGGACACAACACCCUGCAGGAAGGCUAUGCCUUGUCCCUCUCAGGUUACCACCUGUGCUCUGGGCUGGACUCUGUGCCGGUCACCAGUGUGGUCUCCUCUCAGAUCGCGUCCUCCCAGCUGAGGCCGUGUGGAGGCUGGUUGCCGUGGAAAACAUGUAACGUGACAAUUUACACCACAACUUACAAAACCGAGGUCAACUACAUCCAGAAAGAGGUGACAAGGUGCUGCGAAGGCUUUGAGCAAGUGGGCAGUUACUGCGCUCUGACCCUGAACAGGAGUGCGGAGUUCACUGCUAAACCUGGAGUGUGUCCAGUGCGGUCUGGCCUGGGCCCCGGGCCCGGCCCUGGCCCCGGCCCCGUCCCCGGGCCUGGUUUACAGUGCGAGUGGGACACGGACUGUCCCGGCUGGCAGAAAUGCUGCCAAACUGAAAACACCAGCCACUGUGUAGAGCCUCACACACACGUGAAUGUGAGCGGGUGGCUCAAUGUGACCGUGGAGGUGAAGGUCCCUUUCCAUUUGGUGAACACCAACAGUGGACUCUUCAACCACACACGACUGCUGCACUCCGUGGUGACUGGAGCUUUGAGUUUUCCUUCAGUCUCUGUGUACCAUGUGACCUCAUGGCCUGCUGGACCGGUCAGUACAACCUCCACACUACUGCUCGGCUCCUCUGACCUUUCUGACCUUCUGACCCAUGCUAAGAUGUCCACCAGGCUGCAGCUUCUUCUGGAGAACAUUGAGGAGAUCACCGCUGUGGACAUCAGCGACGUGGAUGAGUGUGUGACUGCGGUGUUGAAGGACUGCGCUCCUCAUUCCAACUGCACCAACACACAUGGAUCAUACACCUGCACCUGUCCACCUGGAUCUACUGACCUUUACCCCAGCAGGCCAGGAACGCACUGCACAAGUGAUCUGGUCAGCGCAGGACCGCUGCGGAAAGCUCCUGUUGAGGAACCCAUUCUGUCCACCACUCUGUCCACCACAUCCUUCAGUACAACGUCCAGCACUCCAACCAGCACUCUAACUACUACUGACCCUCCUGCAUACAAUAAUCAGACCCUCAAAGCAGUGACUCGUCUAACCAACGUGAACUUCACUGAGGCUCUGCUGAACACCAGCAGUGAGGAAUACCGCACCCUCGCCGAGAGCAUCAUAAACGAGACUUUGCACUCUCUGCCUCCAGACAUUCUGGAGUUGGUGCGCUCUGGGAAGGUGAUAGUGCAGAUCACUGGACUCUCUCCAGGCAGCGUGGUGGUCAAUUUUGCCCUCGUCUUCCUGCCCAACAGCACUGAGCACAUCCUAAACGUGGCCGACGCUCUGAUGGAGUCUCUGCUGAACAGCUCGCAGUUCAGCAUCGACAGGAACAGCACUGUUAUACAAGAUGUGGAUGAGUGUUCUCUGCAACAGGCCGACUGCUCCCCCUGGGCCGACUGUGUGAACACCUUUGGGUCGUACACCUGCUCCUGUCAGAGAGGAUACACUGACGCAAACCCCUCGAGACCUGGACGCACCUGCCAAGAGAACAGCAAUGUGACAGAACCCAGCACUGCACACCCGAACGUGACCGAGUCAUCUGCAUCUACGACCCAAACGUCUGCAACAACGACCGGACAUGCUGACAAUGUGACCCGCACAAGUCCUGAUGCUUUAACUACAGAUGCUCCCACCUCUGCUCCAGGCAGCACCAGCACGAUCUCCACCUUAUCAACAUCAUCUACAACAUCAUCUACACAUUUAUCCACAGCAUCAUCUACAACACUGGAGCAUCCAAACCACAGCCAAACCACAGAGUCACCCUCAACACCUCUGUCUUCCACGACUACCACGACCACCGCUGCAUUCCUCCACACACCAAUCAUCUCCGAAACAGAGGCCAUCUCAGUGAACUGUAGGGCCGGAUCCAUCGCCGUCUUCGUGGCACAGGAAUUCCUGAGACUGAAACGCAUCUCAGAGGCUUCGCUGUACCUGGGCCAACCACACUGCGGCCAGAUGGGUGUGAACAGCACCCAUGUGCAGCUCAUCGUGGCCUGGGACGAGUGUGGGGUGCAGAUCCAUAGAAACACCACGGUCCAGGUCAUGCUCUACAACAACAUGACCAUGUGGGUGUUGCCCAACUUUGCUCCAAUUGCACAGCUCGAGGUGCCAGUCAUCUGUACCUACAUGAACAAGAUCAUCAUCUCCACGGGAUACGAGUCCUCCAGCUACUUAGACAUGAUCGACGGUGCAGUGCUGGGAUCAGGGACGUUCCAUGUGACCGUGCGUCUGCUGAACGGGACGACUCCUCUACCGCAGAACUACACCCUCUCCCCCAAGGACGAGGUGAUCAUAGAGGUGGCGGUGAAUUCCAGUGUCUCCCAAAUCAAAGUGGUCAUCAACAAAUGUUGGGCGAAUCCCAGCAGCAACCCAUCGGAAUCGCCCCAGUACUUCUUUCUGGAAAACAGCUGUCCUCUUCCGAACACCUACACCACCGUGAUUCAGAACGGGAACUCCACCAGGUCUCUGCUAGCAGUCAAUGUUUUCUCUAUGGCGAACCUGGAUAUUAUUUAUCUGCACUGCCAGAUCCAAAUCUGCAUCGAGACAGCGUCGGCCACCUGCAGACCUAGCUGCCUGGCGAGGAGCACCAGAAGCUCUAAUGUAAUUGGAACAGCAAAAGCUUCAUGCGGACCUCUGCUUAGGUCACACUCAGUGACCCUCGAAGAGGCUAUUCAGGGAACGCGCAUCAUCGGUUUCAUUCUGCUGGGAGUCGGUCUGUUUGUUUUUGUCACCAUCGGCAUGGCAGCACUCUCGUACUACAGAAAGAGGAUGGGGAACUACAACUUUCACUUCAAACCCCGCCUGGAGAACUUCACCUAUCACGUUUUUGACAAAUAGAUGAUGUUAGUGAGUUUUUCAUAUAAUGAGGCUUCAGACAUGUAGUAUUUCAUAGAAGUCCUCACACUCAUAACUACAGGACUUACACAACAGUUUCACAGUAGAUACUAAAUAAUAAGCCUGCAGUUAAAGAAUUAAUUAACAUAUUAAAUGAAUUGUAGCUUAAUGUUCAAAUUAUUUCUGCAUGUUAUAAGUAUAUAUAUUUAAUACAACUAUUACAUUAACAUCACUAUAUUUUUAUAAUGCCCACGAAUAGGCCGAUAUACAAUGCACUUUAGAAACUCUGCUGCUUUGUCCUUUGAUGUUAUUAAUUUCAUGUCUGAUUGAUUCUAAUAGAAAGAUGGUUGUUUGGAGUCAAUGAUGAUGAGAUACUGUAUGAGAUACUCUGUACGUCAAAUAUUCUUCAGUUAGUGAAUA